AUGGUGUCUAGUAAUGCGGUAAUGGGCUUGGAAUGGACCUUCAUCUUCCUUUCAUAUGUCUUGGUCAGCGCCCGCGUUUAUGUACGGGUCUGGAUGAGGCGAGACAGGCUUUACUGGUCCGAUUGCUGGAUGAUGGCUGCUCUGGCAUCAGCUCAGGGACUGGUAAUAUGCGACACCUUAACAUAUCAAAUGAAUGCGAUGGACAAUUUUGCUAUUACUAGCGUUUCGCUUGAUAAGAUUAGAUUCGCUACCGGGUACUUAUUCGACGUUGGCAUAUACUUGACGAAGUUCAGCAUUCUCGCUUUCUACUACAACCUCGUACCACUAACAAAUCCACAUAUGCGGAUAGCGCUUUACGUUCUUACUGCAAUUACUGGUAUUUGCGCACUUGUUACAUUCAUGAAUAUCACAUUUUGGUGUGGACCAAACCCAAGUGUCAAUUGGUCAAGCGGCAAUGAUGCAUGCUCUGUUUUUGAGUCUAUGGUAGUUAUGAGAGUUAACUGGUCAAUGAACUUCUUCACUGAAGUCCUAAAUCUGAUAUAUCCUUUCCCUUUGAUCCGGGGCGUCAAAAUUAGUUCGCGACGGGAGAGAAUCAGCCUUGGCGUUAUUUUCACCAUGGGAUUUAUUACCAUCGCCGUGAGCAUUGGAAGAUUCGUUAUGAUGCUUCAUGUGGACAACGACAUCACGAUCUAUAUAUGGGCUACGGCAGAAAUGUGCAUCGCAAUAAUGAUUGUGGCUCUUACCGCACUCCGGCCCCUGCUUCGGAAGAUUGCAUACAUACUCUCUUCGAAUAUUACCAGCAGCGACACCAAGUCGGUCCACACAAUUUACUCAUUGGAGCAUCAAAGCCGGACCAAAGCCCGCUCAGCCCGUCCUUUGUCAGGAUCUCACUGGCGAAAUAGCAACAAAACCCACCAAAGUCGGGUGAUUGCAAUACACCAGGAUCCGACGGGAAGCCAGGUUGAGCUAAAUAAUAUUGAUAGCGUAUCCCUAGGCCAUUGUAAUAUUUCGCUUAUUGAAUCCUCAGAAAGCACAUGA